AUGUCAAUUUCAUACAUCAACAACCAACGGUCCGUCGUUUUGCAAAGUCAGAUGUUCUCUUCCUCCUGGCUGCUCACCCUCUGGUUCUCCCAAGUUCUAAGCCCGUCACACGGUACACGCGUAGACUGUAGACAGCAGACGUCCAUACUCGCAAACCUCACCCAAGAUACCACACAAGAUACCACCCAAACCCUCACUAACAGCCUCACAAUGCGCAUCAAUACCCUCCUCGCCAUUCUCGGCACAACAGCCCUCGCCGCCGCAGACGCACCAGCCGUAACACCCUUCCUCACAAAACCAGGAUCCCAACCAACGACCCUCGUCCCACAACCAUCCUCCUCCUCCGCCAUCCCAGCAGUCCCCUUACCACCAGCAUCCUCCGCAGCAUCUCCCCUCUCUUCCUCGCCGCCAUCCCCACCGUCAUCAAACUCCUCCUCCUCCGCCGGCGCAGCAACCCUCUCAACAACCACGACAUCCCGCCCCGGCGGAACCCGCACGAUCUCCCUCGCCCCCGUAAAGACAAACAUCUACCAAGAGUGCGGCGGCCUCCGACCCACGCCCAACCCGUGCCCCGCCAGCUUCGAGUGCAUCGACGACCCCUUCCGCAAGGGCUGCGGCCUGGCGUGCGAUCAGACCGGCAUCUGCGUCGUGCCCAUCAUGUGCGGCGGCAUCGCGGCCAUCAAGUGCCCCGCGGGCAAGUGGUGCGUUGAUGAUCCAAGAGAUGACUGUCACCCGCUUCAGGGGGGUGCCGACUGUGCUGGGCUUUGCGUUUGA